AUUUCCAUUAUCCUCCAUGUGCCAGAUAUUGAAACACAGAGGACAAACUGUCAAUUAUCCAAUAAGAAGUAUGCAGUGUGUGUGUGGUUGUAGAUAUAGCAAAUUCAACUCAUGAAGACAGCUAAAUUGUACUGUAUUUCAUUCCUUACAAUUAGACCCCACGAGUGGCCUUUAGCUUCUGCUACAUUUAUUCAUCUUUUUCAUCAGGUCCCCACCCCACUCUCAAACACGCUGAUUCUCUUUAGCCUUUUCUUGGAUCCCACAAUUUCUCUGUAGCUCCUUCACAAAACCCAUAGAGAGACACAGAUUCUCUCUCUAAAGACAGCAGUCAACCACUGAAAAAGGAGAGAAAGAACCUACCCUACUCCCAUCCCACUCCACUACUUCCACUUGUUCAGUUGGCUCAGAAAAGCUUCAUCAUAGAUUCAUCAAUUGACAAUUGAGAUUGACCCAUUUUUGGAGUUCCAAGAAAAUUUGCUUGAAAAUCUUCAACUUCCCCAGAGAAUGGAAUUUAUGGAGCCACAUAGCGAAAACCAAGGGAGUGGCAGUGGCUCGGACCAUCAUGCACCAAAUCAAGAACCAUCUUCUCUCCAACUAGUUGCUCUUCACCACCAAAGUCAAUCUGAACCUAACCCUGGGUCCGGCCAGGCCCCAGCCCAUGGUCCCUUCAUGGGCUCCAUCUCCAUGCAAUCAAGAACCUUAGGUUUAUCCUCUUCUUCCAUAAACACCACCACCUCCUCUUCUAUCACCACCACCACCGCCCCUACAACCGCCGCCGUGAACAAUAAAGUGGCCAAAAAGCCAUCGAAAGAUCGCCACACGAAAGUGGAUGGCCGGGGUCGGCGCAUCCGCAUGCCGGCCUUGUGUGCAGCUAGGGUUUUCCAGCUGACAAGAGAAUUAGGCCAUAAAUCGGAUGGUGAGACAAUAGAGUGGCUUUUGCAUCAUGCGGAACCAUCAAUUAUAGCUGCCACUGGAACAGGUACAAUGCCGGCCAAUUUCUCCACCCUCAACGUGUCUUUACGCAGCAGUGGCACCACCAUCUCAGCUCCACCGUCCAAGUCUGCUCCUCUCUUCCUCGGCGGCGCCACCGGGAUGCUAGGGUUCCACCACCAGCUGUCUUCCAACAUCGGGUUUGGUCAAGAUCCGGAGGAAAAUUACAUGAAAAAGCGGUUCAGAGAAGAUAGCAGCGGGGCAACUUCACCUACAGCUUCUAGAAUGGGGAGAUCAGGAGUGCGAGAUCAAGAACCGGGUUCAGAACAAAAACCACAAAAACCCAAUUCAACACAUCCUACCAAUUUCCUCCCGGCUCCCGCUAUGUGGGCGGUGGCUCCGGCCGCCACAAACGCAGGCAACGCCUUCUGGAUGCUGCCUGUGACGGGAGGAGCCACCACGACCACGGUGGGUCCAGGGCAGCAAGAGCACCAGUUAUGGCAAUACAAGGCAUCUCCCAUGCAGAGAAUCGGUGGCUUCGAGCUCCCAAGUGGAGGCCGAUUCAGCCCGGUUCAGCUUGGUUCUAUGGUGUUACAGCAGCCACCGCCACCGGUUCAGCAGCUCGGACUUGGCGUCUCCGACACCAGUAACAUGGGAAUAAUGGGCUCCAUUAAUGCAUAUAAUAAUAGUAGGAUUGAUUUAGGCAUGAAUUUGGAGCAGCAUCACCAUCAUCAUCAAAAUCAGCCACAAAGUAACGAUAGUGGAGAUGAAAAUCCCAAAGAUUCUCAAUAAUGUUGGUAUAAAUGAAUUAUCAGAAUUCCCCGACUGGUCAAAUAAAGGCAAAAGUAGGCCAUAAGCAUCAAAUUUCAAUGUUGCAAAAUUUUCUGCAUUUUCUAGUUGAAUGAUUGUAGAAUUCUUACCUUUUUCAUAGGUGAAAAUUUCAGACUGGUGUGCAGAUAAUUUUGUUUUUUGUUUUUGAUGA